AGUGCCUGCCUCUCCCCCACCACCUCAGAGCCCUAUAAACCCCAGGCCCCUGAUAGCAGGUCACAGUCGACAGCCUCAAAGUUCCUGGCUAUUUGGACCACUGGAGACAACUUCCUCGGCUAACCCACUCUGAGGUCCAGACACCAUGAACCCUCCUUCCACAAAGGUCUCCUGGGCUGCCAUGACGCUUCUGCUGCUGCUGCUGCUGUUGCCGCCCGCGCUACUGUCGCCUGGGGCGGCCGCGCAGCCCCUGCCCGACUGCUGCCGCCAGAAGACGUGCUCCUGCCGACUCUACGAGCUGCUGCACGGCGCUGGCAAUCACGCGGCUGGCAUCCUCACGCUGGGCAAACGCCGGCCAGGUCCUCCGGGCCUCCAGGGCCGGCUGCAGCGCCUCCUGCAGGCCAGCGGUAACCACGCGGCCGGCAUCCUGACCAUGGGCCGCCGCGCAGGCGCAGAGCCAGCGCUGCGCCCCUGCUCCGGGCGCCGUUGUCCCUCUACAAGUGCCUCGUCUGUCGCACCUGGGGGACGGUCCGGGGUCUGAGACCUUGCUUGGGCUCUGUCCUGGCCCUGCCCUCUCCCCUCUGCCCGCCAGGUGUCAGCCCCAAUUAAAAAAGUGCAAUAAAGACGGG